AUUUGGUGAUUUAAAUCGUUUCAGAACAUGUGGUACCCUCAACCUGUCGACGUCGUGCCGUUACCGUUCGUCUUUGAGUCACAUUCAAUAACAUGUGAGGAUCUUUCUGCCAGAGCCAUGUGGCCAGUCUUUCCCGUUGGCCAAAGUGCGUAUAAUGCAGUGAACGAGAUUAAUGUGUUGCUGAAUUUCUUGUACAUCUCUCAAGGCUUUCAUAAUCAUCCACUGUACACCAAUGAUGGAAGGAAGUUUUUGUUGAGGAGGUCACUGUUCGAGCUUGUCUUGGCCAAUGACUAUCUGGAGCUCACAGAUCCAAAGUUGCUUGGAUGGUUUCUGUGUUUAACAGCAGAGGACAGAAACUUAAUUAAACAAGAGGGAGGGCUUCUGCCAUUUUUACAGAAACACCCCGCACUUCGAGUAGACCGACAUUAUGUUUGUGUGAAAUCAAAAACCAGAGGAAACUGCAUUCCCCCUCCAACAACUAUGUCAUCAAAUAAGUCAAGGUACCCAUCGUUUUAUGGUGCAUCCCAGUGUCAAAAUUGUGGAACCAGUUGUCCAUUUGGUUCCAAGAAGUGCAGAUGUUGUGGCUUUCACAUUGAGAUUUCAGAAGACAAAGUCUGUCUGUCGGAGAAUGAGAAACAACUUGAGCUGCUACCAAACAAUGUGAAAGAAGAGCUGAUCGUCCAAAAUGACGCAACUAUUGGUUGCACACAGAGCACCCUUAAUACUCAGAAAACAAGAUGCACGCAGAGCUGUGAUUAUGGACGCCCUGCUGCACAUCCUCCUUCAUACAGUAAGGGAAUGUGUCCCCAUGCCCAGUGCCUGUCUAAGUUGUGGGAGGAAGUAGAGAACAGGGAGGACACCAAACACUUUAAGGACACGACAACCCAGGCAAAUUUCUCCCUCGAUAUGGAGCUGGAUAUACAGAGUCGGGUUCAGAGGAAUGACGAUACCCAAAAUUACCAAGACCUAUCUUAUGUACAAGCGGAAGAAUCAGAUUACCACACUCUGGAUCAGGAAGCGAUGGCAGAAUACUACAGUUUCAGUAACACCAGCUUAGACCAUUCGGCAUGGAGCGAUGGCACCCAGAGUACAGAGGCAGCCUACAAUGAUUCAGUCAUGGCCACCAAAGGUAGUACAGAACUAUCAGAUGAACCUUCUAAUGCCACCAUGGCCACUGCUGCAAACUCUACUGAUUGUUUCUCUUGCCUUGGCAAUUCUUUCGAGCUGGACAAUGAGUCAGGAGACCAUCAAGAAGACAUAAGAAAGAACCAUGACUCACUAUAUGAGCAACAACUCAAAGAGAUCAAUGUGGGACCUUCACUGAAAUCCAAAUGUGGUGCUUCAGUUUCUGUGGACCAACUAAUAGAUGCCUGUGGUGAUUUCAGAGCCUGUUUCACAUCUUCAUGUGCAACAGAGGUUGAUCAGAUCUUCCAACUGAAAAAUGUUGCCACUGACACAGACCUGCUAGCUGUCAGCCAUGAGAAAGAUACACAAACUGUGCAAAGAGGCACAUCUGAAAAGAACACCAUUACUGAAGUCUGCAUGUCUGAUUUAGAUGUCCUAACAGAGGAAUUCAUAAAGCUAAAGGAGACAACGGAUGAGCUAAAACAACUGAAGAGCAGAAAGGCAAGUCCUGGCGGUGACCACUGCAGGACAGUUUGUGGAUGUGACUGUGCCCAGCGAGUGACGAGAGCAGAACUGCGUCUUCUCACUCUUCAGUUUGUCAUGUGUCAGCAGCACUGCUGGAGACGCUACUUCACCUCCCCACAGGGUGAAAGUGUUCUUUGGGGGAGCGAGGGCCUUCCAGACGGCAUAGCAGAAACACUGAAUACACUACAGAAUGAUUACAGUGAGAUGAGGAAACAGAUUCUAGCAGGCACUCCUCUGGAGAACCUUAAGCCCCUUUCAGUAGACUCUGAAAGUAUAACUACAAGGGCAAACUACAGCCCAGCAUCGGAUGACACAAAAGGUGGCAGCAACCAGCAAAAUAAAGCUCUGGUCCUUUUACCCAAACAGCCAGGAGCUUCGGCUGAGCACAACCCUGGUGUCAUCAAAGAUCCGAAUAGCACCGAGGCUUGGUUUGAUGCAGAAGAGGAACUUGGGUCUCCAAAUCAAGAUGGAAAAAUGGAGAAACUGAAUGAAAGGAAAGAAAAGACUGAUGGAGAUGAAUCAAACCACAGUUCCCUCUUGUGCAUUACAAGCUUGCCUGGCAAUAUCACUGAGCAUGAAGUGCUGCUUUGGUUUGAGAAGUACAAUGCCACCAAUGUAUGCAUCUCCACUUUCAGCAACAGUAUGAGGGCAGCUAUUGUUUAUCUCAAGAGCCCCAGUGAUGCCAUGGCAGCAGUUAAAGAUCUACACGGGUGCUCCCUCCAAGGCCACACUGUCCAGGUGGUGCAACUCCACGGGCCUGUCUCAGCUGAUCUUAAACUGAUCUGUGAUCUGCCCCACAGCACCUCAAAAACCCAUACAGAAGAAGCUGCUGGGGAUGGACUCGGGAUGAAGGGUGUAACCUAUACUUCUUCACCUGGUGGGCUGCGCUGUAGUGUGGACCGGUUAACCAAUGUCUGCGACUCGCCCACAGCCUCUGGCACCUGUGUGCCACAGCACUACGCCACCAUGGGAAGCUUUGACACCAUCAUGGCCCGGCUGUCAGAGCGUCACCCAAAUGUAGGCCGCCAGAGGAUCGUUGAUGCCCUACUGGAACUGCGGGCCAAACAUCAGGGCUUCCUCAGUGGGCUUCCUUUAAAAUCUAUAGUGGAUAUGACCUCUGAGCUUCUAACACAGGCCUCUACUGUGACACAUAUUUGA